AGGCGAUCAGAGAAGUUGUAACGAGCUGCAUCCACACGAUAAACAAGUGAUCUAGUUAAAACCUUCUACAGCGACGCCAUACCUCGAGGAAUAAACACAAGUUUACUCUUGAUUCACUUUGCUGCAUCCUCUCGCUCGCUUACGUUUGUUCUUUCUUGUAUCGCGAGGAUCGAUGACAAAGCACCGCGCGACGGUUCCAUUUCUCACUUCUGCACUAUGCGCGACCGGCGGAGGACGUGUCUCGCGGCAGCCUCGCUCGUGUGUCUGAUCCCGCAUCAUGCGCGCGCGUGGAUCCGGCUCGAGCCCGAGUGCGGGCCGGUCGACUCGACGCAGCUCAAGGUUCGCCGGCGGGAUGGCAGUUCUUGCUUUAUCCUGCUGCCGCUCCGGCAUCCAACAAAACCGACGUCCUCGGCCACUAGCCCCGAGAAUAAAGAUGCCGAGGACCACCCCGCUCCUCUGCGGCCGCCGCCGGACGUCCCGCGGUUGGUCUCCGGGACGGAAGUGGGCCGCGGCGACGGCUAUACCGAGUUCGUGCUCGAGCUUCCGCGGGACGUCACCGACGUUUGGGCUUGGAGCGUGCUCGACUGCAAACAGAAACAGCAAGAAGCCUCGGCUUCUUCCGGGGACGAAAGAAAGGCGGGUGGGCGCGACGAUGGAACAUCUUCUACCACUUCUACCCCGAAGAGGACUUCUACCGCGACCCCGAGCGAGGACGACGGGCCCCGCGCAGCACCAGCACCUCCGACAUCAACAAGCCAUUUCGAGCCCACCAAGCCCUUCGAGAUUCCGCACGACCUGGAUCCGUACGACGGCGCGCUGUUCCGGGUGUACAAGGACUUCGGCGACCUGACCAUUAGCCCGCCGACCAUCAUCGGCGGGCGCAGCACGUCCAUCGAGAUCCGGCCGGAGUUCCCGCUGCCGCGGUUCCUCCCGGCGCACCGGGAGAAGAUCGGGAUCCGUUUUUUCUCGACCCAAAACGCCAAAUCCAAAAUGGUCGACGGCCAGCUGACCCGCAACGGCGACGCCAUCCGCGUGACCGCGCCCGCGUGGGACCCCGAGGAGCGCGUCACCGUGGAGGUCUUCUGGUGCGAGAUCCCGAAGCAGUGGGUCGACAACUUCCGUCCGCACAGCAGCGCGGGGAACUUGAAAAUCCUCCCCGAAGAAUCCCUCUUCGCCGCCGCCACCCGGCGGCUGGAUGAGCGGCACAUCCUGCCGCUGGUGUCCGGCGAGCCGGUCACGCACUUCGCGAUCAUGGGCAGCAGUAGUGCGUCGCAAGCGCUUGGUGGGAGUAGUAGUAGCAGCAGCUCUACCUCCUCCGCGGCGACGCUCGCCCGCGUCGCGGCCGCCGCGCGGCUUCGAAGCAGUAGCCGUAGUUCUACUUCCGGCGCGGGGAGCGGGAAUGGUAGUGGGAUGGGGAGAGAUGCUGCUGGCGACGCAACAGAGAACAAUGGCAACGACCCUUUUAAUAGCGACAUGAACACAAUAAGCAGCACCUCGUCUGAUGAGGACGACGUAUUCGCGGGCGCGAAGAAAGUGGACGAGUUCAUCGACGCGGACGGCGAUCACUACGUGCUGUCGCGCAAGGCCGACUUCAGCAUCCCGGCGGACUCGUAUAAAAGUGCACAACUCCCCCUCCCCCUCAUUUGUAUGGCAUGAACAGCAAUACAAGCAUCAGCAAGGGUGCUGGUUUUGCAUGACAAAUUUGCACUGGAAUAUAGUGCUAUUUGGGCUGCUAGAACUUGUCAUGCAAACAGGGCCAAGAGCCAAGGCGUAAAUUAGGCAUUUUGCAUGACAAAGGAGGGGGAGGGGGAGUUGUGCACUGUUAUAACUCGCGGUUUCUGCGGGAUCUGUGCGUGCUGCUGUUCUUCUGCAGCGUGUUCGCCCUACUAAUCCGCUUCGUCCGGCUGGACAUGGCGCUCGGCUGCGUGCUGGGCGGGUCCGUGUGCGGUCCGGGCGGUUGGAACAUGAUCCAAGAGCACGUGCAAGUGGAGAGCGUGGCGGAGUUGGGGCUAGUGUUCCUCAUGUUCGAACUGGGCUUCAGCUUCUCCCUGCGCCGCAUACUCAAGGCCUGGCGAGCCGCGGUGACGGGAGGUAUUUUUUUUUUCGAAACUCGCUCGCAACAGACUAGACUAAACCUAAUAAAACGCAGCUAUGUCGUACCAUGGGUAUGAUCGGAAGCAGGUAGUAGAAAUUUCUCCCGACACCUUUAUUCCCAGGUCUCUUCGUGACGUUUUCUCUGGUCGCCGUUUUUUCCUUCCUUGCGACGGUGCUUGGCACGGAUUUGCAGGAGGCAAUUUUAGUAGGCGUGUUUGUCAGUGUGUCCAGUACCGCGUUAGUCGUAUCCUGAGUAAAAACGUACCCACAGCAGAGUCAGGAUGGGGAUUUUGCAACACAAGCCUAGGAGUUUUGUGAGUCACGCAUGACAAGUUUCAGUCCGUAAGGUAGUGCAAGUUAGCAAGGAAAGCCGCAUCACAAAUCGACCUUCGGAUCCUGUUUACAGCAUUACAAGUUCCCAAACACGAUUGAAAAUGCCUGUCAUGGGGUUGCGCGUCACAAAUGUUCCUGUCAUGGCAAAUCUGCAUGACAACUCUGGGGUGGGUACGUUUUUACUCAGGAUAAGUCGCCUCUAGCACGGGCAGCGGCCACGGCGCGUCGUCCUCCUCCUCCGGCGCCGCAAAUGGCCACGUGUCCGAGAAGAACGACGGGUCCGCGAGCGACCGGAACAAGUCCAGCCGGGUCCUGUCCGAGGUGGACUCGGCCCAGGGCGCGCCCAGCCCCCGGGGCGUGACCAACCGCCGCAGCUACAGCCGGCGCGGGAGCGCGUCCUCCAAAAUCCGCCCCGCGGACAGCAAGGGACCGGUGAUAUUGAAGCGGUCCGCGCUCACCGACCACGGGGUCUCGAUCCAGUCCAACGCGUUGAUUUCCAUCCUCGUGACGCAGGACCUGAUUCUCGCCGUCGCGCUCGCCGUGUUUCCCAUUCUCUUCAACGCGCAGGUACCGAAAAACAAGCACUUCAACCUCUCGCUCGUCCAGUUUGAAAUGUCCAUCGUGCAGAUGUUUCUGUUCUUCGGUACGGGGGGUUUGCUCGCGUGCUUUGUAUGCACUGCAAAUAUGUGACUGGCGCUGGAAAGGACCGAGAGCUUCUGAUGCUUGUCUAGCAUUCGUGCAAUUUCUGUGUUGCAUGACCAGCAAGAGCAGCGGUUUUUUGUCCUUUUGAGACGCAGUUUGUGAUGCGUACUACCUACGAGAAAACCCGAUACAGGCUUGUCAUGCUUGGUAGCACUUGGAAACGGGUCAAUUAUCCCGCGUUCAGCAUCACAAGUUCCUCCAGAAGACCCAGACAUAUAAUUUGCACUUCAUACUUUGUGUCCCGCAACAAAAAGAUCUUUGACCACUACUUCCGGAAAUCCUACGAAGUACAGCAGCUGCUGCUCGUCCUCUGGUGUUUACUGGUCGUGUUAGUAGGGGAGCUAUCAAAUGGAAAUUUGUCUGGGCCGAAAAGAGUGCGACUGUUUGUGAUGCACAUUUUGCAUGACCCAUAGUGUCUGUCGUGUAUGUUGCCCUAGCAUCACACAUUUCAUCGUGAGGGGUUCCUGAUGCCUAUAUCGCAUGAGAAAUGCCACUUCCGCGAAGCAAAAACUCAACUUCUCUUGCUGCUCACGCAAUGCAGAUUUUUGUGGGAAGCAAAAGCAGCAUCACAAGUUGCAGUCUUCCAAACCCAGACAUAUUUGCAGUGCAUAGGAGCAGCUGGGGACGUUCUCUAAGGAGGUCGGCGCGUUUCUUGCCGGCUGCGCCCUGCCCCCACCCUGCAAAGACGUGGCGUCCGACGUGAUCCGCCCGUUGAAGGAGUUCUUCAUGCUGAUCUUUUUCGGCUACAUUGGGCUGAUGAUGCGACCGCUGUUCCUGUACGAUAACUUUCUGAUUAUCGUCGUCGUGUGGGCGGGCCUGACGUUUUUGAAGUUCUUCACCACCAUGCUGCACUUAGUCGCCUGCGGCGGACAGAGAUUGACCAUCGCACUCUACAUCUCCCUCUGCUUGUCCCACGUGGGGGAGUUCGCGUUUUUAAUUCUUGCGAAGGGCAAGUCCUGGGUAUGAAUUGCAAAUGUAACGCACUCGUACUAACUGCGGAUAAGUACGCAUGACAAAUCUGCUUCCCAAGGUAAACCAGCAUGACAAAUUCCAUUUUUCAAUGCUAAGCUAAGCUGUAUUGCAAUUACUACUAGCGCGAUAUUUUUGCAUUUCAUACUGGGGGGUGUUCAGCAACAAGGUGCACCUGUUGCUCCUGGGCGCCGCCACGUUUUCGCUCUUAACCAGCCCCUUGGUGUUGGGAGCAGCGCAAAAGUGGGUGCGGAAGCUGACGGAUCCCGGCGCGGUGGCGUGGCUGGAGGAAAAGAUGGGCUCGAAGGGGUUAGAGCUGGCCAACUACAGCAUGCCCAAUCCGUUGGCUGAUUCGCCGCCACGAAGCGCUUUUACCGGCGGGACGAAGGAGCAGACCCUGCCUAUGUACCACGUCGGGGGCGGUCCAGCGGCCACCGCGGCCGGAAACGCGGCCGCGCGCUCGAAGGUGAUAUGAAGAGGAGCGGGACGGUGUUCCUCGGGUUCUUCAGUCCUCAUGAAUCAGAACUGCUCGCGGCGCCUGUGCUAUCGCUUUGUUUUAUUUACUUGGGAAUACACAACUGAACUUGAACUUCGCAUUAGAUUUCGCAUACACAUGACAAUGAAAGGCUAU